UGGAGCUGAAGAUUUCAGCCACCCCUCUCCAGGAAAUGCUUUGGAUGAAGAAACCAACCACUCCAGGGAUCACCUGGCUUCUUCCAUAUUCACAACUGCUGCCACACCUUUGGGAUCCACAACCACGGCUAUGUACACCCCAGUUCCAUCACAGCAUCUCAACUAUUCCAGCACCAGCUCAGAGAAAACCACUCACAAGGAAGUAGAUGAUGUGAUUGAAAGUUGCUGUGCUGCUGGGCAACAAUGGGCUGCAAACAAUGGCCAGUGCUUUGAUAUUCCACUGAAAAGCUUGGACUCUGCUACCUGCAGAAUCGCACAAAAACAGUGCUGCAUCUCAUAUAUGGAGGAGCACAGCUGCUUAAUUGGUAUGAACUUUGCAAAAGAACAUGGAGACUGCUACGCAAAUCCACAUGAUGCUUGUGGAGCAGACAUAUAUAAGAAAUGCUGUGACUGCUGUACAUUAGGAAUUAUGUUUCGGAACCAGUACGGAAUAUGUGAAGAAAAGCCAAGUCUCGGUUAUCCUUGUAGUCAGGCAUUUUUAAGUUGUUGUGAGGGAGCUGAAGAUAUUACUCACCUGCCAGUAAGAAGAUGGCUCAAACCAAAGCCUCUACCGGACUCAGCUCUUGUUCCUGACCAAGUUUUAGAAACAGAAAGUCUUAAAGAAGCUCAUUCUGUGAGUGAAGAAGAGGCUACAUUCAACUUUAUAACUGAUGGUGAAUUAAAUGAAUGUUCGCUGUAUCCUGGACAAUUGUGUCAACAUUUCUGUAUGAAAACAGCGGAAUCAUAUGAGUGCACUUGUUUCCCAGGAUAUAUUCUGCAAGAAGAUGGACAUUCCUGCAAGUCAGAGUAUGAAGAUGAGGAAGACAGUUUCACAGAAGCAAAGACUACUCAAAUAUCACAAACUGGACCAUCUGUUAAAAUGGAUCGCUGUGGAGAUGCGAGUCCAUGCAUGCACCAUUGCACACAGAUUGGAGAGAAUACUAUUUGUUCCUGUUUCUCUGGUUACAGACUGAUGGCUGACCAAUUCUCAUGUGAAGAUGUGAAUGAAUGCAUAAUGGACUCGCACAACUGUUCAAGAGAAGAAUCCUGUGUGAAUACUGAAGGAUCAUUCCACUGUGUCCCUGCAAAGAUCUGUGAGAAUGGCUUUAUCCGGAAUGCAAAUGACAAAUGUGUUGACAUUAAUGAGUGUUUGUUGGAGACCCAGAAAUGCAAAUUUGGGGAAACCUGUAUUAAUACAAUUGGUUCCUUUAAAUGCCAGAAAACGAUUACUUGUGGAACAGGCUAUGAACAAGUGGAUGAUCAUUGCCAAGAUAUCAAUGAAUGUGAGCGAGGCAAUCACAACUGCGCAAUAAAUUACGAAUGUCAGAACACUCCAGGGUCAUUCCGUUGUCAUCUAAAAAUGCGUUGCUCUGAGGGAUUUCUGCAGGAUUCACAAGGCAUCUGCCAUGACAUUAAUGAAUGCACUGCUUUACCUCUGCCUUGCAAACCUGGGUUCAAUUGCAUAAAUACUAUUGGAUCUUACACAUGCCAAAGAACCGUCAUCACCUGUGGAAGGGGUUAUCAUGCCAGUCCUGAUGGUAGUCAUUGUGUUGAUGUUGAUGAAUGUCAGAGUGGAGUGCAUCGAUGUGGCGAAGGACAAGUCUGUCAGAACAUACCUGGGAGCUAUCGCUGCGAUUGCAAGAGUGGCUAUCAGUACAACUCUCUCAGCAGAACAUGCAUUGAUGUUAAUGAAUGUUGGCGCUAUCCUGGUCGACUAUGUGCACAUACUUGUGAGAAUACCCCUGGGUCCUAUUACUGUACCUGCAGCACUGGAUUCAAACUAGCUCUUGAUGGCAAGAACUGUGAAGAUAUAAAUGAAUGUGAGAACAAUAUAUGUGGGCAGGAAUGUGCCAACAUUUAUGGCUCCUACCAGUGUUAUUGUAGACAAGGUUACCAACUGACUGAACUAGAUGGACAUUCCUGUGAAGACAUUGACGAGUGUGCACAAAGUGGAAGCACGCUCUGUACAUUCCGCUGUGUGAAUGUCCCUGGGAGUUAUAAUUGUGCCUGCCCUGAGUUUGGUUAUACAAUGUCACCAAAUGGAAGAACGUGUAGAGACAUUGAUGAAUGUGCAAUAGGAACACACAAUUGCACAUCAACUGAGACCUGCUUCAAUAUCCAAGGUGGAUUCAAAUGCCCUGUCGUGGAUUGCCCACCAAACUACAGGAAAGUGUCUGACAUGCGCUGUGAACGCAUGAUGUGUCCCAACUACAUGGAUUGCCAGAAUAUGCCAGUCAGAAUCACCUACUAUCAGCUGACUUUUCCAACCAAUGUCCAAGUUCCAAGCACCAUUUUCCGUAUUGCUCCAUCACCUGCGUAUAUAGGAGAUAGCAUUAUCCUGACCAUCACUAAAGGAAAUAACGAAAAUUACUUCAAUACACGGAAGGUGAAUGCUUACACUGGAAUUGUGUACGUACAACGGCAAUUCAUGGAAUCCAAAGAUUUCCUACUUGAUGUUGAAAUGAAACUGUGGCGUCAGGGAAUGUUCACUUCAUUCCUUGCUAAAAUUUAUGUAUUUGUUGCAGCUUAUCCUUUCUAAAGCAAUCACUGUAUCUGUUGUAAAUGAUAUAACUUUAUAGCUCAACACUAAUAUGCCCACGAGGCCAAUAUACAUAUUGGGAGGACUUCUGCCUUUUAAGUCCGUGGAAGUGAAGCCCCAGCAACUGAAUCAAUAUUGUUUGUUACACAUUCAUCCAAAAUCAAAAUCACUUCCAAUGAAUCUAAAGACAGCAUGGGAAUUUUAUUCGCUGUAUGUCUCAUUCCUUUCAAUCAGAUGAUAUAAUUGUAUUUGUGAAGUAAUUUUAUCAGACUGUGUCUAAAUGUGGAGCACGGUCUAUCUGAAUUACAUUACUAGAUUCAUCGGUGCCUAGCCAUAAUGGUAAAUGGGAUUAAAUUAUACAGUAGAGGUUUCACAAUCCUAUGUAUAUUCAUUUUAAAUUCUUUGCCAAGAUAAUUGUUAAAAGCGGCAUAUUUUAAACAAAGUUUCAAUGGAUUCUAUAACACCAACAAUCACAUUGAAAUGAGUCAUCAUCUGUGUGGGGGCUUAGAGUGACAAAAAAUUAUGGUUCUUCUAUCAUCAUAUUAAAAAAAGGGCAUUUUUGAUAAAAACAAUGGCUACAAACUUAUCCUGGGCUGCAAUGCAAAACAGCAAAAGCAAAUAGGAGGGAUGCAAAAUAGGUUGCUAAUUUACUAUCACCUGCUGCACUAUUGAUCAAAAUAACCGUUAAUUUCAACGUUUCGGAAGUGGUACCUACAAAUAGGAUGUGUUCAUGUGGAAUUAUGUCCUAAGGCCUUAAGUUCAUUGACUGGUUACAUACCCUACAUGGCUUUACUAGUUGAAUUCAAUUUCUUUUUAUACUAUUCUAGGCAACUCUAAUUUUGAAUAGAUUUCUGGCCUUCAAGGGGCUUUAGAACUUAUUGUACUGCAGAUCAUGUAAAAGAUGUUGAAAUAAAUUGGUUGUGCAAGAAUCAGUAAUAUUUUGCACAAAACCACAAUGUUACAAUGAAAAUGUAAACUGGAAUGGAUUUGGUCUUUUGUUUUACUAAAACCAGCUUUAUCAAAUAAUCAUGAUUCUGGUGCUAUAAAAAGCAUUUUCUUGUCUCAGCCAUUGUUUCAUGCCUUAUUAAGCACAGCUGAUAUUUACUUAAAAUGUACAGCAAAUCCAAAGGCUAAAAUGUUUACACAUUUUCUAAAUAUGUAAUUUUGGAACUUGAGACUAUUUGUUGUCAUAUGAAAGUUUGUCUGUAUUUCUAACCCUCAAAGGGUUAAAUGUUGCCAUCCUCAGCCAUGUAGCCAUGUAAUGACCUUUAAAUAAACAUGGACAUAGGUUUCAAAUAGAAAAUAAAGUAAGUCUUUAUAUAAA